GCGAAAUAAUUAAAGUUUAAAUCCAAUCCAAAUACCUAACCAAGUUUCUCGUGAAGAGCCAAUUUGGUACUGGACGCUUGAUAUUCCUUCCCUUUUGCAGUUUGCUCUCUUUUAAAUUGGAGGCCUCAGCAUUUGCAUGGAUUUUUCAUGAGAAACAGUAAAUCAGCGAUUCUGUACUCAGACGCGUUCAUUGAAACCCCUUAAAGUCGAGUUCUUGGAUUUUGAGUUUGUUCCUCCAAGUUGUUACUGCUGAAUCUUUUUGCAUUUUCCUGUCCCUGAGAGCUGCAAGUGUUGGCCUUGUAUUUCCCCUCUCUAUACCAAAAGACAAGAUGGACCGUAUCAGCAGCCUACCGGACGAGCUUCUUUGUCAUAUAUUGUCUUACCUUCCUACAAAGAAUGCUGCUUCGACUCCGGCUCUCUCAAAGCGGUGGCUGAACCUGUGGAAACUUGUUCCUAACCUUGACAUUGACGACUCUGUCUUUCUUCAUCCGGAAGAGGGUAAAGAGGAAAGGGUCGAAAUUCGACAGAGCUUCGUUGAUUUUGUGGAGAGAGUACUGGCUUCGCAGGGUGAUUCUCCCGUAGAGAAAUUCUCCCUCAAGUGUAUUACCGGUGUCCAUCCAGAUAUUAUGAACCGUUGGAUAUGUAAUGUGCUGCAGCGUGGUGUCUCGGACCUUAAUCUUUUCACUGAUUUUUCCUACGAGGAUAUCGAAGAAGAAGGUUAUUCUCUGCCUGAAGAGAUGUUCCUCAGUAGGACAUUAGUUGAGCUGAAAUUAAGAACUGAAAACAGUGUUGAUUGGUGGCAUCUAGAUAUGGGCUCUUCCUUGCCCAUGCUUAAAAGUCUUUAUAUUGACUCGGAAUUGAUUCUUUGUGAUGAGCUUGAGAAGUUUGUUCCUUCUUUCCCUGUGCUUGAGGAAUUACGAAUGGCUAAUAUGGAGUGGAGAGAUUUGGAUGUAACCGUGUCGAGUGCAAGGCUCAGAAGGCUAAGUCUCCACGGCACCGGUUGUGAUGGCUUGAAACCCUGGCGGCAGAAUCCAAAGAGCUUUUCUUUUGAUACUCCAAAUCUGCUCUUCUUAAACUACUCUGAGUUAGUUGCGGAGGACUAUCCAUUAGUUAAUAUGGAAAAAUUAUUGGAGGCUCGAAUCAACCUUAUGGUAGACGAUGCUCAGACCAAGCGAUUAAGACCGCCAAAUAAUGAUGUGUUAGAAGACGAUGAGGACGAUGAGGAUGAUGACGGUGAUGUUGUUCUCAAAUUUGGCAAUGUGGUGAAACUCAUGAAUGGCUUACAAAAUGUUCAGAAACUUUCCUUACUUUCUGAUACUCUCGAGGUGCUUUCUCUAUGCUGUGAAUCGAUGCCGGUGUUCAACAACCUCAAAUUCUUAGGUGUUACGAGUGAAGAGGGUCGAGGAUGGCAAGCAAUGCCUGCUCUUCUAAGGCAUUGUCCACAUUUAGAAACUAUUAUCUUGGAGGGUCUAUUACACUAUGUAACAGAUAAAUGCGGGGAUGCUUGUGCCUGCAUUUCUCGGGAAGACAAAGGUCGAUCACUCAGAUCUUGUCCGGUGAAUAGGUUAGAGAUUAAAGGGUUUCGAGCAACAAUGAAAAAGAUGACCAUGAUAAAGCAUUUCUUGGAGUAUCUUCCGUGUUUGAAGAGAAUGGACGUCUUUGUUGAAGAAAAUGAUCCCACACAGCUAAGAAACCCUGAAGUGUCUAAACUUGUCUUGGAGAUGUUUGACCUCUACAACAAGUUAUCAAGCUGCAAAGUCCAGCUCCUGGUGAGUGAUUUCUUGGAUAAGAAGUGGACUGAACAAGGACAUAUCUGAAGAACAAAACUUGCUUUCUCAUGGUUUUGCUAAACUUGGAAUUUUACUUCGCGGUUCAAUUUUGUUUAAUUGGCAUGAAAACCAUCUUAAACCAAACUCAAUCCCAAAACAAUCCUAUUUAACUUUGUUUUUAUAUUUUGUUGCUCAUUGUGUUUUACCUUAUCUUGCCAUAUUUUGUCAUUGGGGUUGUUAUUAAAGUGAUGA